GUGCUGUUUUGUUUCACCCUCGCAUUGUGCAGAAGUGGAGUGGAGUAAAAUGUCCACUAGGACCCCGUUGCCAACGGUGAAUGAAAGAGACACUGAGAACCACACGUCACAUGGAGAUGGGCGGCAAGAAGUUACCUCUCGCACUGGGCGCUCUGGAGCUCGGUGUAGAAACUCUAUAGCUUCCUGUGCAGAUGAACAACCUCACAUCGGAAACUACAGACUGUUGAAAACAAUCGGCAAGGGGAAUUUUGCAAAAGUGAAAUUGGCAAGACACAUCCUUACAGGAAGAGAGGUUGCAAUAAAAAUAAUUGACAAAACUCAGUUGAAUCCAACAAGUCUACAAAAGCUCUUCAGAGAAGUAAGAAUAAUGAAGAUUUUAAAUCAUCCAAACAUAGUGAAGUUGUUCGAAGUCAUUGAAACUGACAAAACACUGUACCUAAUCAUGGAGUAUGCAAGCGGAGGUGAAGUGUUUGACUAUUUGGUUGCACAUGGAAGAAUGAAGGAAAAAGAAGCAAGAGCUAAAUUUAGACAGAUAGUAUCUGCAGUCCAGUACUGCCACCAAAAGCGGAUUGUUCACAGAGACCUCAAGGCCGAAAAUCUAUUGUUAGAUGCUGAUAUGAACAUUAAAAUAGCUGACUUUGGUUUUAGCAAUGAAUUUACUGUUGGCAGUAAACUGGAUACGUUUUGUGGCAGUCCUCCAUAUGCAGCCCCAGAGCUCUUCCAGGGCAAGAAAUACGACGGGCCGGAAGUGGACGUGUGGAGCCUGGGCGUCAUCCUCUACACUCUUGUCAGCGGGUCGCUCCCCUUUGACGGACAGAACCUAAAGGAACUGAGAGAAAGAGUAUUAAGAGGGAAAUACAGAAUCCCUUUCUACAUGUCCACAGACUGUGAAAACCUUCUCAAACGUUUCCUGGUGCUAAAUCCAAUAAAACGAGGCACUCUAGAGCAAAUCAUGAAGGACAGGUGGAUCAACGCAGGGCACGAAGAAGAUGAACUUAAACCAUUUGUUGAACCAGAACUGGACAUCUCAGACCAGAAGAGAAUAGAUAUUAUGGUGGGAAUGGGAUAUUCACAAGAAGAAAUUCAAGAAUCUCUUAGUAAAAUGAAAUAUGAUGAAAUCACAGCUACAUAUUUGUUGUUGGGAAGAAAAUCUUCAGAGCUGGAUGCUAGUGACUCCAGUUCUAGCAGCAAUCUCUCACUUGCUAAGGUUAGGCCAAGCAGUGACCUCAACAACAGCACUGGCCAGUCUCCUCACCACAAGGUGCAGAGAAGUGUUUCUUCCAGCCAGAAGCAGAGGCGAUACAGUGACCAUGCUGGACCAGCUAUUCCUUCAGUUGUGGCGUAUCCAAAAAGGAGUCAGACCAGCACUGCAGAUAGUGACCUCAAAGAAGACGGAAUUCCUUCCCGGAAAACAAGCGGCAGUGCCGUCGGAGGAAAGGGAACUGCUCCAGCCAGCCCCAUGCUUGGGAAUGCAAGUAAUCCCAAUAAGGCUGACAUUCCUGAACGCAAGAAAAGCUCUACUGUCCCUAGUAGUAAUACAGCAGCUGGUGGAAUGACACGGCGCAAUACUUACGUCUGCAGUGAAAGAACUACAGCCGACAGACAUUCGGUAAUUCAGAAUGGGAAAGAAAGCACUAUUCCUGAUCCAAGGACUCCCGUUGCUUCAACGCACAGUGUCAGCAGCGCAGCCACCCCAGACCGGCUCCGCUUCCCGCGGGGCACCGCCAGCCGCAGCACUUUCCACGGGCAGCCCCGGGAGCGGCGGACCGCCACGUAUAAUGGCCCACCUGCCUCGCCCAGCCUGUCCCACGAAGCCACACCACUGUCGCAGACUCGAAGCCGAGGCUCCACUAAUCUUUUUAGUAAAUUAACUUCAAAACUCACAAGGAGAAACAUGUCAUUCAGGUUUAUCAAAAGGCUUCCAACUGAAUAUGAGAGGAACGGGAGAUAUGAGGGCUCAAGUCGCAACGUAUCUGCUGAGCAAAAGGAGGAAAACAAAGAAGCAAAACCUCGCUCCCUGCGCUUUACCUGGAGCAUGAAAACCACUAGUUCCAUGGACCCCAGUGACAUGAUGCGGGAGAUCCGCAAAGUGCUGGAUGCCAAUAACUGCGACUAUGAGCAGAGAGAACGCUUCCUACUCUUCUGUGUCCACGGUGAUGGGCACGCGGAGAACCUCGUGCAGUGGGAGAUGGAGGUGUGCAAGCUGCCAAGACUGUCUCUGAACGGGGUCCGGUUUAAGCGGAUAUCAGGGACAUCCAUAGCUUUCAAAAAUAUUGCUUCCAAAAUUGCCAACGAGCUAAAGCUGUAACCCAGUAAUUACGGUGUAAAUUAAGUAGCAAUUUAAAGUGUUUUCCUGAACACUGAUGGAAAUGUAUAGAGUAAUAUUUAGGUAAUAACGUCUGCAUCUUCUAAAUCAUGAUAUUAAAAUAUAAGGACGAGAGCACGCCUGGGAGCGGAAGCUGGCCUUUUUUCUACGAAUGCACUACAUUAAAGAUGUGUGACACGCG